AUGUUUAUGCCGUUCUCUCCUCUUCUCACCAUCGUCGGCAGCGCCGCCUUCAACCUCUUCGUGAUCAUCGCCGUCUGCAUCAUGUCGAUCCCAGAUGGCGAGUUGCGGAGCAUCAAGGAGAUGCCCGUGUACGUCACGACCGCGAUUUGGUCGCUGUUCGCCUACGCCUGGCUGCUCGUGAUCUUGGAGGGGUCGUCAGAAAAUGUCGUCGAGCCCUGGGAAGGGAUGCUGACACUCGGCUUUAUGCCAGUGCUUGUCACAAUGGCCUUCCUGGCGGACAAGGGGUAUUUCUGGGGCAGUGGUGGGGAUUCCGAGGGCAGCGGUAAUCUGAUGGGGAUCGUGGCCCGGUGCAUGACCAAGGAGGAGUUGGCCCAAGCCGUUGCGAAAGUGAAGCAGAAGUACGAGACGAAGGAUGGUAAGCCGCUCUCGGAAAGUGUUGUGGCCAAGCUUAUCGACCAUGACUACCCCAGGACUCAGAGUCGUGCGCACUACCGCGUGUCCGCGAUCCGCUCCAUAACGGGCGGAAAGCGCGUGGAGUCCAGAAAAAGUGCCUCGAUCCUCUCCAGCUCCAGCACCAUCGGCAGCGGCGUCCGGCGCACGUCGAACAAGGUGGUGCCAGAACCAGACGGGCCAGAGUCGAAGGACGGCCAGGUCGUGGACCUGGCAGAGGAGGGGGAGCCUACCACCAAGAAGACCACCAUCCAGUUCGCCGCGCUCAGCUACGCCGUGGUCGAGAACGCCGGCACCCGCGAGGUGUUCGUGGAGCGGAGCGGCAACCUCGAGAAGAAGGCUCGUGUCAAGUUCAGCACCCGGGAGGGCACGGCCAAAGCGGGCUUGGAUUACGUGGAGCGAAGCGAUGAGCUCAUCUUCGAGCCGGGUGUCAAGCUGCUCCCCAUCGCCCUCCAGAUCGUCGAUGACACUGCAUUCGAGACCGACGAGGAGUUCUACGUCGACCUCCGCGACCCCGAGAUCAUCGAUGGCGGCGAGGAGAGCCCCAGCGUCGAUGCCAGCAUGUACACCGCGGAGCUGGGCUCGAAGCCGACCGUGACCGUAGUUAUCAUCGACGACGACCUGCCUGGGCAACUGCGCUUCAAGGGCGACGACAGGGGCGAUGACCAGCUCACCAUCAAGGAGGGCCCAGACGACUUCACUGUGAACUUGGUCGUGGAGCGCAACAACGGCUGCUCCGGACAGGUGACGUGCGAGUACAAGACCGAGGACGCGACGGCGCAGGCGGGAAUCGACUACGAGGCGAUGGAGGGGACGCUCGUGUUCGAGAACGGCAUGAUCCAACAGACCAUCCCUUGCGUCAUCAAGGGCUCGGGCCGCUACGAGCGCAAGGAGUUCUUCCGCGUGGUCCUGUCGAACAUCGAGGGCGGCGCCACGAUCGAUCCCGAGUGCGACGGAGCCAAGGACAACUGCUGCAUAUUGUCGGUCUUCAUCGAGUGCAGCGGGGAGGGGGCCAAGGAGCGGGUCGACCACGUGUGGCAGAAGCUCCAGCGCAAGUGGGAGAAGUCCCGCCUCGGGCACUCCAACUGGAAGGAUCAGUUCAUGGGUGCACUGUACGUGAACGGUUUGCCCCCAGAGGAGCCCACGUCCGACGGGGCAACUUCGGUGGAGGCUGGCAAGACGCUCUCGGAGGAUUCUCAGCUGUCCGAGCUUGCAGAGCAGCCCAGCGUAGCAGACUACAUCAUGCAUUUCAUCACCCUUCCCUGGAAGCUGCUCUUCGCCUUCGUGCCGCCUACCGACUACUGCGGUGGCUGGCUCUGCUUCGUGUGUUCUCUGCUGAUGAUCGCGCUCGUCACCGCCAUCAUCGGUGACAUGGCAGCACUCCUUGGCUGUGUGCUUGGUCUUCCGGACGAGGUCACGGCGAUCACAUUUGUGGCGCUUGGCACAUCUCUUCCGGACACCUUCGCGUCAAGAACGGCAGCCCUCCAAGACCCCACCGCCGACGCAUCGGUCGGCAAUGUCACGGGCAGCAAUUCCGUCAACGUCUUCCUCGGCCUGGGUCUGCCGUGGACCAUGGGCUCGCUUUACUGGUCCUUCAGGGACCCCGAUCAGACGUGGAUCAGCAAGUACGCGCCAGUGGGCAGGGACUCCCUCAUUCCGAUACCGUCGCGCUUCCAUUCCGGUGCCUUCGUCGUCAGGAAACGGAGGGGAGCGCUCGCCCCCAGCGUCGCGGUCUUCACCUGCUGCGCGCUCGUGGCCAUGGGCCUCCUCUACCUCCGCCGGAGGCGCCUGGGCGGCGAGCUGGGCGGGCCGAGGUACGACAAGAUUGCGUCCGCCUCCUUCCUCGUCUUCCUGUGGGUGGUCUUCGUGAGCCUGUGCUCCUACUUUGCCCUGGACCAGCGGCUGUGCGACUGA